AUGGACGUGGACGUGGACGUGGACGUGGACAUGGACAUGGACGUGGACGUGGACGUGGACGUGGACAUGGACGUGGACGUGGACAUGGACAUAGACGUGGACGUGGACGUGGACGUGGACAUGGACGUGGACGUCGACGUCGACGUGGACGUGGACGUGGACGUGGACGUGGACGUGGACGUAGACGUGGACGUGGACGUGGACGACGUGGACGUGGACGUGGACGUAGAAAUGGACGUGGACGUGGACGUGGACAUGGACGUGGACGUGGACGUGGACGUGGACGUGGACAUGGACGUGGACGUGGACGUGGACGUGGACGUGGACAUGGACGUGGACGUGGACGUGGACAUGGACGUGGACGUGGACGUGGACGUGGACGUGGACGUGGACGUGGACCUGGACGUGGACGUGGACGUGGACUUGGACGUGGACAUGGACGUGGACAUGGACUUGGACGUGGUCGUGGACGUGGACGUGGACAUGGACGUGGACAUGGACGUGGACAUGGACCUGGACGUGGACGUGGACGUGGACAUGGACGUGGACGUAGAAAUGGACAUGGACGUGGACGUGGACAUGGACGUGGACGUGGACGUGGACGUGGACAUGGAGGUGGACAUGGACGUGGACAUGGACGUGGACGUGGACGUGGACAUGGACGUGGACGUGGACGUGGACAUAGACGUGGACGUGGCGUUUGACAUCUACUUCGUCGUGGAUGUCGACGUGGACGUGGACGUGGACAUGGACGUGGACGUGGACGUGGACGUAGAAAUGGACCUGGACGUGGACGUGGACAUGGACGUGGACGUGGACGUGGACGUGGACAUGGACGUGGACAUGGACGUGGACAUGGACGUGGACGUGGACGUGGACAUGGACGUGGACGUGGACGUGGACAUAGACGUGGACGUGGACGUGGACGUGGACGUGGACGUGGACGUGGACGUGGACAUGGACGUGGACAUGGACUUGGACGUGGUCGUGGACGUGGACGUGGACAUGGACGUGGACGUGGACGUGGACGUGGACGUGGACGUGGACAUGGACGUGGACGUGGACGUAGACAUAGAAAUGGACCUGGACGUGGACGUGGACAUGGACGUGGACGUGGACGUGGACGUGGACGUGGACAUGGACGUGGACAUGGACGUGGACAUGGACGUGGACGUGGACGUGGACAUGGACGUGGACGUGGACGUGGACAUAGACGUGGACGUGGACGUGGACGUGGACGUGGACAUGGACGUGGACGUGGACGUGGACGUGGACGUGGACGUGGACAUAGACGUGGACGUGGACGUGGACGUGGACGUGGACGUGGACGUCGACGUCGACGUGGACGUGGACGUCGACGUGGACGUGGACGUGGACGUGGACGUGGACGUGGACGUAGACGUGGACGUGGACGUGGACGUGUGGACUUGGACGUAG